CGAAGAUAGCAGCCCCCAACACCAUUGAGUACGACAAUGUCGUGCUAGUGGAGGCAGGGGAGAGGAUUCACUCGGCCGAUUUCGCCUUUGUCAAGACCGCUGCCCAGCUUGCGGAACGGCACAAGGAAUGGAUGAAGAGACAACGCAAGAGCGAGUCUCGGUCGCUAUCUCCGGGCUUGGCGCUUGACACUGUGGAGUUCGAGGGCAAGGAUGCCUAG